GCUACAUUCAUCAGUAACCAAAAUACAAAAGUACGUACCUUAUAUAUAUACAAAUCAAUAAUGAAAAACAUAUUGCUAGUGUUCGUGCUUCUCUUUGGCUUGGUCUCGCAACCACUACUUGGAGCAGUUGAUGCAUUACCUGAGGCAGUGAUUGACACAUCAGGAACGGAGCUCCAACCUGGUCUCAGUUACUAUGUUGUUCCGGCUAUGCGAAGUUUCACAAGAUGUGGAAAGUUCGAAUGCUUGAAUGCUGAAGGCCUUUCACUUGCCAGCAUUGGUGAAUCAUGUCCUCUCGAUGUUGUGGUUGAGCAAAGAUCUUUUGGCUUGCCAUUGUCAUUUUCACCACUUGACACAAAUGAAAGUGUUGUUCGUGUGUCCACUGAUUUGAAUAUCAUGUUCUGCACUGAUCGUACUAGCUAUAGUUGCGCUGAGUAUUCCCCAGUGUGGAAGUUGGAUCACUUUGAUGUGUCUAAAGGAAAGUGGUUUGUGACCACUGGUGGCUCUAUGGGAAACCCUAGUUGGGAAACUAUACGCAACUGGUUCAAGAUUGAGAAGUGUGAUAGUGCUUAUAGGAUUGUUUAUUGUCCCAGCGUGUGCCCUUCUUCCAAGCACAUGUGCAAGGAUGUUGGUGUGUUUGUGGAUGAGAAUGGCUAUAGGCGUUUGGCUCUAAGCGAUGUUCCAUUCAAAGUCAAGUUCCAGCUGGCAAAAUAAAAUUAAUUAAGCUCCUUUCUAAUAAUGAAUAAGUCACAAGUAAUACUAAUAAGCAAUAAGUGUGUUUUCUACAUGCAUGUUAUUAUGUGAAAAGAAAUGAAUAAAACGAAGAAAUAUCUUCUCGUGGCA